GCCGGGAGCGGCCUGCGGAGCGGAGCGAAGCGGGGCGCGGCCCCCCUGCCCCUUGGCUCCCCGCCGAGGAGGAUGAGGAGCCCCCGACACGGAUUAAUAGAAAUAUGAAUUUCCAUAAUACCACAUUUGAACUAAUGAAGUGGAAGUACAGAUGAAAACAGUCUGGAGGAAGCUUGAAGUACAGUACAGUUUCAUUCAGUUUCCUAAUUCUGAGGAAACAAGUUGGAAAAGUUGCAAUAUCGUCUUUGCAGUCAGCCACCAAAUCUUAUAUUAAGCUUUGCUGAACAGACCAAGCUUAAGAUUUGUCAAGCAGAAGGGCCAAUUGCCUUGCACAGGAAGAAUUAGAAGUGAACAAUGACUCGACUGAGAGUUUAUGAGCAGUUAAUUGGAGCCUAUCUGCUUAUCAUUCUGCAUAUUCAAGGACAAAAUCUAGACAGCAUGCUUCAUGGUACAGGAAUGAAGACAAAUCCUGAGCAAAAGAAACAAGUCAAUGGAGUAACACUUGCUCCAGAGGACACCUUACCCUUUCUUAAAUGCUACUGCUCGGGGCAUUGUCCAGAUGAUGCUAUUAAUAACACAUGCAUAACAAAUGGACAUUGCUUUGCUAUCAUUGAGGAAGAUGAACAUGGAGAACCUACACUUGCUUCUGGCUGCAUGAAGUAUGAAGGUUCAGACUUUCAGUGCAAGGAUUCACCAAAAGCCCAGCUACGUCGGACUAUUGAGUGCUGUCGGACUGACUUCUGCAAUCAGGAUUUACAGCCAACGUUACCCCCAGUUGAUAGUACGGAUGGACUUUUUGAUGGCAGCAUUCGUUGGAUGGCAGUGUUGAUUUCUAUGGCAGUCUGCAUAAUUGUCAUGAUCAUCUUGUUCAGUUGCUUUUGUUACAAGCAUUACUGUAAAUGGGUAGCAAAGAGACGCUGUUAUAAUCGUGACCUGGAACAAGAUGAAGCAUUUAUUCCAGCUGGGGAGUCAUUAAAAGACCUUAUUGACCAGUCACAGAGUUCUGGCAGUGGAUCAGGACUACCGUUGUUGGUUCAGCGCACUAUUGCCAAACAAAUUCAGAUGGUGAGACAAGUUGGGAAAGGACGAUAUGGUGAGGUGUGGAUGGGCAAAUGGAGGGGCGAAAAAGUUGCAGUCAAAGUGUUUUUUACCACAGAAGAAGCCAGCUGGUUCCGAGAAACAGAAAUAUACCAAACUGUUCUAAUGCGUCAUGAAAACAUCCUUGGUUUUAUAGCUGCAGACAUUAAGGGCACUGGCUCCUGGACCCAGCUUUACCUGAUUACAGAUUAUCAUGAAAAUGGAUCAUUGUAUGAUUUUUUGAAAUGCACUACACUAGACAACAGGGCUCUCCUCAAACUGGCCUAUUCUGCUGCAUGUGGUCUGUGCCAUCUACACACAGAAAUUUAUGGGACACAAGGCAAGCCUGCUAUUGCACACAGGGACCUAAAGAGUAAAAACAUCUUGAUAAAGAAAAAUGGAACCUGCUGUAUUGCUGACUUAGGCCUUGCAGUCAAGUUCAACAGUGAUACAAAUGAAGUUGAUGUUCCCUUGAACACUAGAGUGGGAACAAAACGUUACAUGGCUCCGGAAGUCCUAGAUGAAAGCCUAAAUAAAAAUCACUUCCAACCAUACAUCAUGGCUGACAUCUACAGUUUUGGGCUGAUCAUCUGGGAAAUGGCUCGGCGCUGUGUCACAGGAGGUAUUGUUGAAGAGUAUCAAUUGCCAUACUAUGACAUGGUGCCAAAUGAUCCAUCCUAUGAGGAUAUGAGAGAAGUGGUGUGUGUCAAACGCCUACGUCCAGUGGUAUCCAAUAGAUGGAAUAGUGAUGAAUGUUUAAGAGCAAUAUUGAAAUUAAUGUCUGAAUGCUGGGCCCAUAAUCCUGCCUCAAGACUUACUGCCUUGAGAAUCAAGAAGACACUUGCCAAGAUGGUGGAAUCACAAGAUGUAAAAAUUUGACAUAGUACACUGACACUGGGGAGCAAAGCUGGACUCCUAAAACUUUUCACUCAAACAUGGGUGAGAUCUAAGUGGGAAGAAGAAGCAACUGAGAUUCAGGUUUUUUUUCUCACCACAGUUCUACAGGCUGCUAAUUAAAUCUUUCAGUACUUCAUAGACUGUGAUGCUGAGAGCCUCUGUACACUACAUGCUACAUAUAUGGACAGCCUUGUUGAAGUACCCGUUUCAUUUUUGUCUGAGCUGCAUUGAGACUUCAUUCAUACUUAGUGAGUCUCCAGUGAAACUCUGGGUACUGAAUUGAAUGUUCAGAUUACUGUGCUUUCUGUGAAAGCCUAACAAGCUAAAUGGAUUCAACAGAGAUGGAGAAUAUAAGCUUUUUUGCCUUCUACCUGAUAAAACCUAGUCAAUUCAUACCAAGUUUUUGUGAAACGGCCUGUAGGUUAUGGAUAUGUUUGUGAUACAGCGCAGUUUAACAGUUCCUUAUGCCUUUAUGUGUGUGCCAGGAUUAUUUUGCUGCCAUUUGGGAUAGAUAAGAAACCAUUUAAAUGAACAAAUUUCUGUGGUCAGGGCUAGAGUAUUUUGUGACUUCACUAUCACAGAAUUUGCUACAGAAUUUAUUCCUCACCAUGAAGUUAUCCUCCAAAAUCUCAGUUUUAAUUUUAUUUCUAUCCCUGUUUUGGUUGCAGAGAGAACUGCAAAAAUGUGAACCAGUUAAAAACCAAUGCCUACCUGAGUCUGUAAAGAGCUUGAAACAAUAUCUCUUAGAGGUAUAAACUGCCUUGGUCAUCUUGCUCACAGUCUAGUGGGCUCCAUAAUCACACGACUAUAAAAUCUGGCAUGUUUUUCAAAAUGCCACGUGCAACCAGCAUUUUUGCUCUAUAAUACUUCAUAUAUUAACAGAGAGACCAGUGAUGUUCUGUUUUGCCUUUUCACUUUAUUUGGACUUACUUGUAGGUGCCUGUCAUGCUCUGAACUUUUUCUGUACAGGAAGGAAUUAGCUGUAGGAACGUGUUUUCUCACCAGUUGACAAAACCAGGAAGAAGAUAAGGCUUGAGAACAAGUCUAAUUUACAGAUACAAAAGGGGGAAAGCAAGAAGCGCAGGCUGGGCAUAGAAGAUUAGACAACACAGUAAAGGUCAAGACCUGGAGAACUGAGUAUGUGAACUAUUGAAGAUAGGAUCCGUGAUGUGCAGAAGACUCUGAGCUGGAUUGCCCUUAUAUAAAUACAGAAGGUCACAUCUAUGAGCUGCUUAGAGGACAGUUAUAAAAUCCAAGAUCUGUGGAAAAGGUAAAUCAGUGAUUAUUUUUAAUUAGUUAGGCACAUUUGGGAGGAAUGGCAUUGAAAGAUAUUUCAUGAAGAUACAGUAAGUUAACAUAAUUGCAAAAUUUGGUCCUAUUGUGCCAGCUAUUUUGGCAUGCACAGAAAACUAUUUCUCUCCUUUUCUUCACCGAUCCAGACAAGUAAAUUUAAAAAGCCAGAACCCCUCCGUGAGUUACUGUAGGGCAGACUUAGUGAUAUGCAACUCCUUUGCCACUUGUAGUUUGAAGUCAGAAAAUAGUACCACAACUCAAGUUGAAACUUCAAAUGCAUGAACCAUCUGAAGAGUGAACACACAGUAUUGGAACCAUUAAACCUAUUUGAUAAUUUAAGUGCCUAUGACUUUGUACUGUAAACCUUGUUCUAGAUAACUUUAAAAAGGGAAGUUAUUUAUACAGUGUGUUUUGUGCUUUAUUAAAGAAACAUCUAGUCCUAGAUACAUGUGUACAAUUAGAUACAUGUGCACACACAUGCCAUAGUUGAGAUUUGAAGAAAAAAGUUAGGAAUAAUAUUAAAAUUGAUUAAAAAUGUUAAGACUUCAGAUUGAUUUAUGUCAGAUUAUUUGCUGUUUUAAAAUAUGUACAUGGAGAUUGUUUUGUGUUUAAUUUUCCCUUGAAAAUACAACCGAUAAAAAAAAAAAAAAAAAAAAAAAAGUAAUGCAGAACUAAUGUGAUUUAUGGACAACUACACUGUCCUAACAUUUUUUUUUUCUUUUUAAUUCUGUAGUUCACAUAAUGUAAAUGGUCAGGCAAAAGAUUGCAGUAUUUUUAUUUUCUAUUGUGUUGUACAGACUUUAUUUAACAGUGCUGCAUAUUUUAUAGAAAACUAGCUAUUUCAAGAGACAUUUCUUUUUUUAAAAAAAAUAAAGUCAUUACUUUUGUUCAGUAGUGCCUUUAAGUAUUAAUAUGUGUUCUGGCUGAACAGUUAAGUAUCAACUAUGAUUUUAACUUAUUUGCAAGCAGCAAGGGAUAAAUGAUAUUGUGACAUAUUUCUUAUGAUAAAGGGCUUUUAAAAAGAGGGUUUUUCCGUCCGUUGCCAAGAAAUGUACAAGAUUGAAACUGUUAAUCAUGUCUUUACAUGUAAUUUUUGCACAGGUAGCUGGAAAAUAUUUGGUAUGAGCCAAAAAAUAUAAAAAAAAGAGUAAGGGAUAAGCUUUUUUCUUCUUUAGAACUUUUGUCAGUAGGAAGAAAAAUGUUUGUGUAGGUACCCUGGUAACUUUAACUUUCAGAACAUGGAGGCGUAUUUAAUUUAAUCCAUUCCUAUUUAGAAUACUUUUUAUUUCUAGCAGAAAUUACUACAGCAUUAUUAGCUGUAAAUUUGUUUGACAUUUUGAUUUUUUUGUUGUUCUUUCUGCUAAUUUUUCUCAAGUUUUCAGGAUGUCAUUGGUGGGAGUAAAAAGAAAGAAGUGUGACUUUCCAUGGUUUUUAAUUAUUCAUGUAUUUUCUCCUCUAUUGUUCAGGCAUUUGCAAGGCAAUAGGAUGGUGAUCUUUGGUAGACAUCUUAAGACCUGAAUUGAUUUACACAUUCACUUUAACUGAAGAAGUAAGCUGGCUGCUGUAAAGAAUAUCUGUGAUGUUUGUGAGAAAAGUCUUUUAGGCAUGAGCUAAACCUUCACUUUUCAGAACUUUGCUUUUCAAUUGCUAAAUUCAUACCCAAAGAUAUGAUGCACAUGCAGUUUUCAUUGACUUGAACAAGAGGUGCUGGAUGGAUAAUAUUACUUGUUUCCUUAAUAUUCCAGAAAAACCUAAUCGCUAAAGACCUGGCUGCAUAAAGCACUUGAGCAAAUACCUAAUUCCGUGCAAAGUAAUUCGCAGUUUGGAGCCUGUGUGUAUGUAUAUACUGAUACUUUAGCAAUCAUUUGGCAGAAAAAAACAAAAACUUUAAGCCAGUCUGUUAGUUAUGAUAUAAUUAAGCAUAGUCAGUGCUUAAGCAGCAUUGUUGCUUCAUGCUGUAUGGUAGAAUUCAUAAGCCUUUGGGGGAGAAGGGCUAGAAUUCUUUUAUUGUUCUGUGAUUCUCUCAUUGUCUUGGUCUAAAUUAGUUUAAGCAUUUUUCAUCUAAAAAAUCUCCCAAGCAACCCUGACAAACAGUGGGUUUGGGGGUUUUGUGGGAUUUUUAAUCAUGUGGCAUUUAUCUUGGAAGUAUCAAGAACUGUGCCUUGGAAGCUCUUAAGUCAAAUGGAGCUUUUUUAUUUAACCUACUCCAUUUGAUUUCUGUUAGUUGGAAAUCACUGAAAUAAAUGAGUGACAGAGCACUGGACCAGGUUGCCCAGAGGGGUUGUGGAGUCUCCUUCUCUGGAGAUCUUCAAGGCCUGCCUGGAUGCAACCCUGUCUACCUUGCUCUAGGUGACCCCGCUUGAGCAGGGAGGUUGGACUAGAUGAUCUCCAGAGGCCCCUUCCAACCUCAACCAUUCUGUGAUUCUGUAAUACUGACUGUUGCAUUCAUUGAAAGAAAAGUUUUUUGUGUUCCUGAUUAAAUUUUAAAUUCUGCAAGAAACAUGAAAUUCCAACAGAAAAAUGCAAACUUAUAUUUUGAGUUCUGCUGUCUUGCUUAGCUUUGAAUUUUUCUUUUAGAAAUAGGUAUCUGGAACAAAUUCUGAGCAAGUUACACAGCUGCCACAAAUUUGCUUUAGAGGUAAACAUUUUUGAAGUAUCAAGCAUUAUGAAUUUUAGGAAACUAUUUUUCCAAAACUGCCUCUCUUUUUCUGUGAUAGUUUUCUAAAUUAGACUAUUUUGAAGUACUGAAGAAAGUGUUAAAUGGAUUCAUAGUAGUCUAGAAUCAAAUUUUAGAUCUUCAUGUAAAUAACCGUUUAAAUGUGCUGUGAAAUGAAUCCUUUGGAUACAGAUCAUCUGAUCUGUCUCACAGACUGUAUUUUAACAGUCUAAAAAUAUUUGAAAAGCAAAAAACAUAAGUUAAAAAGCCUUCUUUGGUUAUUACAGUUGUUUUUAAAGAGGAGUUAUGCUUGCAUUCUGUCAAAUGCUAGAAUGAUAUAGUACUUCCUCAUUCUUCUGACCGUGCCUCUGAAGAAGUCAAAAACAUUAUCCUGUUCCCCGCUAUCUUUAUCCCAGAUAGGGAUGAUGUUUAAAAAUGAGUUACAAUGCUGCAUGAUACAGUGCUUUAUGGAGCCAUGGUGUCUUAGCCUUGGGUUGGUAUAGCAGAAGUGGAGGGCAGAUUAUUCUUAAAUUGUUGAACAAAUCUCAUGUAAUUGUUUCCUUGUAAUGUUUUAUCUUUAAACACAAUUAUAGAAGCCCACAUUGUGUAGUGACAUUUGUGCUCUGACAUACCAUGCCCGAAAUGAAAUGUACUAUAUUGUAUACAAGAAGAAUAACGUUGUAGUUAACAUAGAGAAGAUGUAAAUAAAAUAUGAAAGGGUGGAACAAGGAGAAUGAUCACACUCUUACGUGUGCUAUAUGCCAGAAGUGUAGAAUACUCCUUUAAAAAUGUAACACUAAUGUAUUUUGUACAGCAUCUGCUUUAAAAGGUGCCUUAUUGAGUUUACCAUGAAUUGCUUUGUUCUGUACACAGUUUGUCCAAUGUAUCAUUUUUAAGUAAAUAACCUUAUUUUAGUACACAUUA